UUAGGGGGUAACCCGUUUCAUUUGAACGAAACAAAGGGACAAAAAAUCCCAGUCGCGUAACGGUGUUCCCAAGGGAUGUGUCAUCUUGGACCGCAGGCAGCUGGGCCAGCAAUUCGUGCCUCAAGCGUAAGUGCCAGCAGGGCUCGACGUGUCAGUCAGCUACAUUGACCGCUGCUGCUUCGUCGUUGUCGUCAACGCCUCUCUCUUCUGCACCCGAUCCUCCUUGCAUCUCCUCCUCCUCCCCCUCCUCUUCCUCCUCAUGUUUUUCGUCUUCUCCUCCUCCGUUGGCGGCUUCAAGUGGCUGGCUAGUCAUCUCACAUUGCAUGGCAGUGGAAGAACCGUCUGUCUGUCGGACGAGAGUUGCAGCUUAGCAGCUGUCCACUUUGACUGCUGUGAGGUACUUGGUGCAGUGGGGGAGAGCCCCACAGCAAAAUUUCUGCACAAAGAGCGGCAUCCUGAUGGGUCAAGGACUGAAGAGGCAGCUUCAGCUGGGGAGCAGCAUCAGAAGGGGAGGUGUCAGUGACAGCUAAGCAUACUCUCUACAGUGACACCACUGCGGAGCGGUCCAGGCCCCGCCUUCUCCUCCAAUCUAGGUUUGUCAUGGCAGGGACAAUGUCCAUAUCAUGCUCGCUGCUCCAUCGGGGGGCUUCAGCGUCAGCCGCCAUUCCUCAGUCGAUCAGUUGCUUGCAAUACGUGCCAUCUUCUGAGGGCGAUCAGGCAAAUCGUGCAUUGCUGCAAGGAGGUGCUGCUAGCUGCAGUUGGCAUCAGCAGGCUGCUGGCAUUGCCUGUCACAAUCUCGUCAGGGUCCGAUUCACCUCUGCUAAUGGCAGUGCCGUUGGUUCUGCCAGCGCUGCGGGGACUAGUCGGAGGUUCAGUCGUACUGGGUUCUUUGGCCGAGCAGUGGAGACUCGGCAACCAUUGAUCGCAGAUGGACCAAACGAAUGCUCUUCAAAUGGACUGUGGAUCCGGAAGCCAUGCGACUCGGCAUUGCCACCAUCUUAUCACCAUUGUCUCUGCCUUGGUUUGUCUUCAUCGCCCAACAGCAAUCGUAGGAGGGGAACAAGAGGGGCCUUGCGUGCAACAACAAGCAGGACAAGUUCCGGUGCUGCUGACGAGUUGCCUUCGGUCAAUGGUUCUGCAGUAGGCGAUCCUGAGUUGAAACGUGAUGAAACAGGUGAAAUAGGUCAUGCAUCGAGUGCCACCAACUCUUAUCGUCGUUUGAGCGCAAACACAAACACGAGCACUGCUGCUGCUGCCGCUGCCGCUGCCGCUGCCGCUUCUGCUUCAUCUGCUGCUGGUGUUGGUACGUCUGUACUUGAUCGCGUUGCAGUGACAGGAGGUGCUUUCGAUCACAAAGGGGCGACCGCUCCCUUGGUUCUGCGAUCCCUUCCUUCUACGAAGACCAUUGUUCUUGUACGCCAUGGAUUGAGUUCUUGGAACGAAGAGAGCCGGGUGCAAGGCAGCUCUGACCAGUCGGUGCUGUCAGAAAAAGGGAGGAUGCAGGCGUCUCGCUGCCGGGAGGCGCUGCGCUACAUUCCAUUUGACAUGUGCUUUGCGAGCCCAAUAUCCCGAGCCAGAACCAGUGCGGAAAUCAUCUGGGAAGGCAGGAAAGAGCCUCUGAUUUUCCUCGACUCCUUGAAGGAGGCCAAUCUCCUCUUCCUGGAGGGGAUGAGGAACGCUGACGCAUUGGAACAGUACCCAGACUUAUACAAGGCUUGGAGGGAGGAUCCAGCAGAAUUCCAUGUGAAUGGUGUCUACCCUGUUGUAAAUCUCUGGGAAAGAGCAAGGCAGGCAUGGGAAGAACUUCUCUCAACGCCUGGCGAAAAGGUCCUUGUGGUGACUCACAAGUCCAUUAUGCGCUCUCUCCUCUGUACUGCCCUCGGUCUCGGGCCCGACAAGUUCCGUUGUGUUGAUGUCAAUAACGGCGGUGUGUCUAUCUUUUGUGUGAACCCCAGAGGAGAGCCCAUGUUGCAGAACUCCAACCUCACUGCGCAUCUUUAUGUUGAUAAUGUGUACUACAACAUCUAGCGUUAGGAAUCUUAGGAUAGGAUCAAACAUCGCAUCAGCGUAUAUUUCUCCGUUGAAGAGUGGAUGCGCGAAUAUGUGUAUAUAGGGUAGGGGUAUGGCAGAGAGUUAACUACCUUUGUUUUUCUAUUUUUUUUUUUAUUAUUUCUCUUCCGUUGACUAGUCGUCUGACAGUCCCUCUAAGAAGCUGGCCACGAGGAAAGGUCCGUACGGUAGCUAUUUGGCAAGAUGAGGGGUCUCGUUCGUUAACGGAAAUAACCAGACAAAUCACUCCACCAGCUAAGAACAGACAUGCACCACCACCCACUGCAUAGAAUCAAGAAAGAGCAAUAACUCUCUUUAUUAUUUUUUCAUACACGAGAAAGGACACGCUUGGCUGGAGUGCCUUCAUCAUCCAUCCUCGGUGACUGUACUUCACACAGACUCUCCCAUCAAGUCUGCACGCGCUGCCGACUUACCUACUACCCGACAACAAAGGUUUUUUUUUUUUUCUAGUACAGCAGAGCCAUUUAGUUUUAUCAAUCGACGAACAAUAUAUCUGAGGCAACUGUAUCAUAGAGCGAUGUGACCUGCCGGCAAUGCGGUGCCAUCCCGUUGCUGUAGUACUCAUUUGGCUGCACAUUGCCUAGCAAGUUCUGGCUUCUGUAUAUUCAUUUAUGCUGGAAUUGGGCCUGGCUUGCUGGUCAUUAUAACUUGGUUUUCCAUCCAUUUCUAAUUCCCAACCACGUGUAGCCUCUUGUCCUUGGUUUCUCGGCUGCUUUUGUCU